AUGAUCUCUGGUCGUUGUGCAGCUUGCAAGUAUUUGAGAAGAAGAUGCCCUUCGGAUUGCAUUUUCUCUCCUUAUUUUCCUCCAAAUGAUCCUCAAAGAUUUUCUUGCGUUCACAGAAUCUAUGGUGCUAGCAAUGUCGGAAAGAUGCUCCAGCAACUCCCAUCCCAUCUCCGAUCUCAAGCAGCGGAUACUUUGUAUUUUGAGGCACAAUAUCGACUUCAUGACCCCGUUUAUGGCUGUGUUGGUAUUAUCUCUCAAUUACAUCAACAAAUAAACAGUGCAGAAAGCCAGGUAGCUAAAAUCCAAGCUGAGAUUGCCUUCCUCAAUUCUAAUGCACAAGAAGUCGAAGAACCCCAAGUUGAUCCGCAUAUUGAAGCCAAUUCCAUCUUCAUCAACAAUUUAUUGCCAGAACAAAUCAAUACUCUUGACCUGUCGCCCUAUGGCCUUCCUUCCACUCAAAAAUCUUGGUUUAAUUAG